UGACGGCCCACUCGGGGACAUUCCCCAUUAUAAGCUCAUGAAUCUCCUCGAAAUCCGCGCUGUACUCUAAUAUCGCGGCCUCCUACUCCCCACCACGCCUCCCCGCCGCCCUCGUUCGCUGCCAAUCCGCCCGGGACACCUCGCGCCGGCUUCUCUGAGCAUCCUGGUUGCGGCCGGAUAUACGCCCACUUCCAUGGUGGUCGUCGUCUGGACAGUUUGAACCGGGCAAUGCCAAUGUCCACGCUCAUUUAACGUUUGGAUUCUGUAUUUCUCCUUCGCAGCCCUGAUCUUAAUCCUACCACCAUCCCUCGGUCUUCAAUAUGCCACCCCGCGACGCUAACUGGAUCGAUGGCCUCCGUGGCAUCGCCUCGUUCAUGGUGGUAUGCGGCCACCUGUGCACUGCGCUCGUGCCCUGGUUGCACUCCCCCGCCCACGACCCUAAAUCGGCGCCGCACCUGUUUCAACUACCCUUUUUCCGCCUCGCCGUCGGAGGUCGAAGCGCCGUGGCAGUCUUUCUGCUCAUAACGGGAUAUGUGAACUCGAUCGGACCUAUUGGCAAGUCGCGGGCCGGGAACACAGACGCCGCCUUCAAUGGCAUUGCCCGAAGUGCGCUCGCUCGCUCAGGCCGCCUCGUUCUCCCCACCAUGAUUGCGACGUUCAUUACAUGGUUUCUUGCCAAUAUCAACGCCUACCAUAUGACCAAACACGUCGACUCAACAUGGAUUCGCCAGGGCUGGCAUCGGCAGGAGCCGACGCUAUGGGCCGCCUUCAAGUCUCUUGUGAAAGCCGAGGUUGAGACGUGGACAAUCGGCUGGAACGACUACGACGGAACACAAUGGACGUUACACCUAUUUUUGGAAGGCGCUAUGAUGGUAUACAUUACAAUGUUCGCCACCGUCCUGGUGAGGCCGAAGGCGAGGCUGAUAGUAUAUGCCGUGCUUUACAUAUAUUUUUGGCAACUGGGCGAGGGACUGGCCGUGGGUGCUCUCAAAGGCCUGAAUAUCACCAUGGGCAUGUUCGUCGCUGAACUUCAUAACCACUACAAGGACUCGGCAACUUCGCUUCUCCCCUCGCCUGUCCCCGCCUUGAUGAUAAUCGCAGGAAUGUUCAUGGCCGGAUACCCACAAGAUUCUCCACAGAAUGCCCACUGGUCGCACGUAAUGCAGAAAUUCAUGAAAACAAUCACAUGUCAAAACACUGACGUUCGACGAUACUGGGACCACUUUGGAGCGUCGACCGUCCUCCUCGGUGUCUUCUUUUCGCGCAACGCUCGACGGGUCCUCACUUCACCGGUCUUCAAUUUCCUGGGGCGUGUCAGUUUCCCAGUGUAUCUACUUCACAAUACUUUCAUCAAAUCAGUCCUCACCUGGAUGAUCUACCUUCCGUCCGCGAUGAACCCGCCGAGGAACGAGAAAGGAGAGCAAAUGGACUUGCAGCGCGGCACGACAACCCACGUCUUAAUCGCCAUCGUUGUGUUCUACUACGUCUUAUACCGCACCGCUGCAUUUUGGAUUUCCCACGUCGAUCCGAUAUGCGCCAAGGUCGUCAACGCAGCAACGAGCUGGGCAUACGGCGAACAGCAGUCAGGAGGCGGCCGACCCAUUCUUCGCAAUGGCCACGUCGAGAAGCCUAAGACGGUACUGCCCGCAUAAUUGUCCCGGUUCCAACAUUCCGAUUCAUCCGAUUUGGACUAUGUCUUGGACCCCUCGACCUCCAAGCAUUCCUUCGUGUAUUCAUUAGAGCAGGAGCCCCGAGUUUGUCUCGUGCCGCAACGUAUUAUUUUCAAGUGCAUAGUCUGGAGCGUAGCGGCGAGUGAUUUGAGGUCGAUAUACCCCGAAUUUAUUUUUUGGUUGAAAAAAGCAGCGUUGGAGUGUUCGCGGAUGGGGAGUUGGUAAGAGGGCUGAGUAUUCUUAUGCGGAGGUGAGGAUCUCCAGAGAAGAUGUUGUAUGAAAAGAAAAUAUAGCAAUGAGCAAUGUAAUCGAAUCUUCAAAUGGGGUUGG